AUGAACCAUAAAAUUAUUUUUGCCGAAGCGGAUGAAAACCCUGAAAAAGAUAAGCCAGUGGAGAAUGAACCACUUGAUAAUCCUCCUAAUUCUCUGCCCAAAGAACCAAUCAGCGGUAAAUUCCUACUUCAAUAUUUCCAAAAAAACAGCAUCAAGUCAAUUAAGUUAGAAGAUCAAGUCUUAAUCAUUGAAAAAAAUGAUAACUCAAUUUCUGCUAGUCCUUUCGCUAAGUUUCCCGAAUUAAAGGGAUUAGACCGUUAUUUAGAAAACCAGCCUGAUAAAAAGGUUAGUCGCCAAGAAUUAGAAACAAAAAAUAAUUCUGAUAAUACCUCCCCCACUAAACCCCAAGGUAAUACUUGA